AUUUUCUUACAUGAAGUUUUGGAUAAUCGUCAUCCACUCAUCGACAUUUUCUGAGAGGUAAAUUCAAAGAUUUGCAAUAUUUUGUAUUUUUUGAAAGAAAUGGUGAGAUCUUUAAAGUUUCACGAAAAGAAGUUACUAAAAAAAGUCGACUUUAUUUCAUGGAAAAGUGAUAAUAAUAUCCGUGAAGUGAAAAUAUUACGAAAAUAUCACAUUCAGAAGCGGGAAGACUACACAAAAUACAACAAACUUUGCAAUAUGUCCAAAGCUUUGGCACAUAAAAUCAAAGAACUAAAUCCUAAGGAUCCCUUCAGGGCUGAAUGUACAGACAUGCUGUUAGAAAAGCUUUAUAAUAUGGGUGCAAUUCCGACGAAGAAGAACCUGGCAUUGUGCGAGAAGCUGUCUGCCUCUGCGUUUUGUCGGCGGCGUUUGCCUGUUGUGAUGGUUAGACUACGUAUGACACAAGCCAUCAAAGAUGCUGUGAAAUAUAUUGAGCAAGGUCAUGUCCGUGUCGGACCCGAGGUUGUCACAGAUCCAGCCUUCAUUGUCACACGGAAUAUGGAGGAUUUCAUUACAUGGACUGAUACAUCGAAGAUUAGGAAACAUGUCAUGGAAUAUAAUGAUAUGAAAGAUGAUUUUGACUUGUUGUAACCUAGCAUAAUGCAUACAUUAUAUUCAUCAUUACCAUAGGUUUUCAAAUUUCAAAUUAGGUUUUCAAAAAUAGAUUCGAACAAUAGAUAAUGCGAUGUUAAAGAGGAGAUGAUUGUUUUAUUGUAAUUAGUUUUAUUAGUUUUAUAUUGGGGUUAGUAGACUGGCUGUCUAGAAAACAAAAGAACUAGUGUCUUUGUGUGAAAGGCUGCUCUUUCAACCAUAAACCAUUCUUUUUUCCAAAGACUGGGUGCAUUCGCUGAUAUUCGCUGUUUUUUCGAUCACAAAAGAUCGUAGGCCCCCUAGGAAUUAUUGAGAGUGUGUUUUAUAUAGAUACACACUGCGUGUUCAAAAUUAUUAAUCUGUCUGGCCAUCCUGAUAUAAAACUGAGUAAGGGUGUCAUAAAGGCCACUUGUACGAGCACGUUCAUCAAGAGAAACAUUGAACUGACUUCUAAAAUAUACAGCAGACUGCGCAAGAGAUCUUGAUAUUGUUUUAUAAAAUGACUCAUGAAGGACCACAGUAUCAUGCAAUCGACCCUUCAAUUAAACCAGACAAUUCUUCUUACACCGAGAUUCAACUAUUUGGAGACGCACCAAGCAAAGGCUUCAGCUGGCUUGAUGGCUUCGAAAAACUUCAUUUUGUCAAUGUUAGUUCUGCAAAACCAGAAAUUAAGGUUAUAUUCCCAGUGAGUGACAGUGUAGUGAUGUUUAGAGCAAAUAACAUCGAUAAUAGUGGUAUGGAUUUGGUGCGAACAGCUUGUGGUCC